GAAGUGCGCCAAACAAAACACAAACACAAAAAGUAAAGAAAAAGUAUUAUAGAAGCUGCUUAAAGUUCUUGUGCCUGACAAUUUGCAGUGGCGGCUCAGUCCGCAAAACUUAAAAUACAGUUAUCCCAUAGUUAAUACCAAUAUCAAUAUCAUGCACACGCUGUUCAGUGAUCAGAACUCUUUCUCCCGCCACUAUGCCCAAACGGCCGCCGGCUAUACAUCCGCCUCGGCGGUGGCAGCCGCCAGCAGCGCCUCGGCGGCGGCAGCGGCCCAUUAUGCGUACGAUCAGUACUCGCGAUACCCGUACUCGGCCAGCGCCUACGGAUUGGGUGCACCGCAUCAGAACAAGGAGAUUGUGAAGCCGCCGUACUCGUACAUAGCGCUGAUCGCCAUGGCCAUACAGAAUGCCUCCGACAAGAAGGUGACACUCAACGGCAUCUAUCAGUACAUCAUGGAGAGGUUUCCCUACUAUCGGGACAACAAGCAGGGCUGGCAGAACUCCAUACGCCACAAUCUCAGCCUGAACGAGUGCUUCGUCAAGGUGGCCCGCGACGAUAAGAAGCCGGGCAAGGGCUCGUAUUGGACGCUAGAUCCGGACUCCUACAACAUGUUCGACAAUGGCUCGUUUCUGCGACGACGUCGUCGCUUCAAGAAGAAGGAUGUGAUGCGGGAGAAGGAGGAGGCGAUCAAGCGCCAGGCCAUGAUGAACGAAAAGCUGGCCGAGAUGAAGCCCCUGAAGCUGAUGACCAAUGGCAUAUUGGAAGCCAAACACAUGGCCGCCCAUGCGGCGCACUUCAAGAAGGAGCCGCUCAUGGACUUGGGCUGUCUCAGCGGCAAGGAUGUGUCGCAUGCAGCCAUGCUCAACUCCUGCCACGACAGCCUGGCGCAAAUGAACCAUUUGACGGGCGGCGUGGAGCAUGCCGGCUUCACCGUCGACUCCCUGAUGAAUGUCUACAAUCCGCGCAUCCAUCACAGCGCUUAUCCGUAUCAUUUGAACGACGACAAUCUGACGGUGGCCAGCAGUCAGAUGCAUCAUGUCCAUCAUGCUGCGGCUGCGCAUCACGCCCAGCAGCUGCGACAUGUUGCCCACGUUUCACAUCCCCUGACGCCGGGCAAUGGCAAUGGGAUACAAUCGUCGGGCGCUUCACCCACCACGAUCUCAACGCCCCAUGGACCAGCGCAUGGUGGCUGGUAUACGCCGGAGACGCCGCCAUCGGAGCCCAUUACCAACGGGGCUGGCCAGAGCGGAACGCCCACACAUCCCAGCAACAACAAUCCCAACCACAACAACAACAACAAUAACAACAACAGCAUACACAACAACAACAACAACAACAAUCCGGCUAUCUCCGCCUCGGUGCUGACCAGCAGUCCCAGCUCAGCGCUGGGCUUCCGCGACAUGAUCUUCGAGCAGAAUCAAUCCUGCCAGCUGGACACGGGCAGCCCGACGGGCAGCAUACAGUCGGCCAGUCCGCCGGCUUCGGCCAGCGUUGCGGCUGCCUCUGCCGCCGCCGCAGCUGCCGUGAUAAAUAGUCAUCAUCAUCAUCAUCAUCACGUGUCGCACCUGAGCGGGAAUCUGGGCAAUCUGGGCCAGCUGAGCAACCUCAGCCAUUAUCGUCCGCAUGUGGGUCACUACCAGGAGUAUGGCAUCAAGUACGGUGUCUAAGGAGGGGGCUAAAUGGGCGUGGCCGCUGUGCUCUCUUGUAUAUUCCUGUAAAUAUAUUUCCAAGCAUGAUUCACAGCAGCAACAGCAGC